AUGGCUAUUGUUUCAAGUUCCGACUCCAAACAAAAUAUGCGUGAACGCAAGGAGAAAAUGAAGAGCCCUAACAAGAAAGAGAACCAAUCCCAGAACCCAGGGGAAAAUGCUUUGUUUCCAUCGCCUGCAAAGCGCAACAGGGGGCCCAGACUUCAGGUUGUUGGUGGCAGGAUUUAUGAUUCUGUUAAUGGGAAAACUUGCCAUCAGUGUCGUCAAAAAACUAUGGAUUUUGCGGCAACAUGCAACAAUCAGAGAAACGACAAGCCAUGUCCCAUUAUGUUUUGUCAUAAAUGCCUCUUGAAUAGGUAUGGAGAGAAGGCAGAAGAGGUAACUGCCUUGGGGGAUUGGAACUGCCCCAGAUGCAGAGGCAUUUGCAACUGCAGUAUUUGCAUGAAGAAAAGAGGUCAUCAACCAACCGGUAUACUUAUUAAUAGGGCAAAGGCAAUUGGCUAUUCCUCUGUUUCUGAGAUGCUGCUUAAGGGGGCAGAUAAUUUAAAUUCACAAAAGGAUGUUGAAAACACUGUUGGUUAUGCAAAAGAGAUAACUGCCUCAGAAAAGGAAGUUGGCGUUUCACCUAGAAAGCGGGGAAAGGAAAAUUCUUUUGAAGGGAAGUUAGAUUCAAAUUUGCAUUCUGGGAAGAUAACUAGUCAAAGCCCCGAUGCGAGAAAAUCAAAGAAAAUGAAGCAAAGAGGCGGAGAGAAUAGGGAUGAUGAUGACAGGACUGUUGGUAUUUUAUCAAAAAAAAGUAGCCAACAAGGCAGUGAGAAGCAACAGAAGAAAAUUAAGCGGGAUAAAUCAAACAAGAAAAGCAAUGACGACAAUCGUAAAGAAAAUUCAAUGGAGAAUGAACUACGUGGUGAUGAGAGGAAAACAAAAAAAUCAAAGAGCAAUGGGUUGGGGGAGAGUAACAGUGGCAACAAGGAGGAUGCCACCUUAGUAAAGAGGACAAGUCCUAGAAAGUUGAAAAUUUCUAAGAAAAUGUCCCAUCAAGAGGCAAUACUCAAUAUCGGAGUUGAUUUACAAGAAAUUAUCUCUGGUUCCAAAGAUCUUGUGGAGCCCUAUGGAAAUGCCAAGGGAAAAGGAGUGGACAACAAUACUUCUGAUGAUAUAAAUGUUGUAAAUCUCCAAAAUGCCGAUCUUCAUGCUUACAUUCCAUUGCCCCAGGGAACAGAAUUGACAACCGUGGGUGGCAUUGAUGUACAGCCUGAAGACAUUGGCAAUGCCUUGCAGUUUUUAGAAUUUUGUGCUACUUUUGGAAAGAUUCUUGAGGUGAAAGAAUGGCAGCCAGGACUUGUUCUUCAAGAUAUAUUACACGGAAGAACUGGACGCCGAGGAAAAUUUUCUUUAAGUGUUCAGUUUCAUAUCCAGUUGCUAUCUUUAAUACUAGAGGAAGAGGGAGAAGAAUGUACAACACUAAGUCCAACAGACGGUAAAAACUCGUGGUUCCACACUCUCAAGAAAUGCUUCUCUGAAUCUAAGAGUGUUCAAAAGACACAAGUGCUGGAUUCUUUAAAUAAGGCUGCUGAUUAUGAGACUUUAAAUGCUUCAGAGAAACUUGAGCUUUUGAAGCUUCUGUGUGAUGAACUUCUUGAAACUGCAAAGAUACGAAGUUGGAUAGACGAACAAAACUUGAUAUUUUCUGAAAAGAAGAAGGAAGCCAAAAUGAAAGUUCUUGCCGCUAAAGAUAAGGAGAAGAGUUUGAAACAGAAAAUGAGAGAUGAUAUUGCCAAAGCAAUUAUUGCAAAGCACGGUGCCCCCCUCUCAAUUUCAGAACAUGAGGCUAUUCUUUCUAAAAUAAAAUCUGAAGCAGCACAUGCUCAUGCCAAGGUGCUUGAGUCACAAGGCAUGUUCUCAAAGAAGCAUCAAGUGUCAGCUACUGUUAGAAUAGAACCUAUCUUCAUAGCGCCUAAUGGUCAUGCAUAUUGGAGAUUAAGUUCUAGCAAAUCUGAUAUACUACAUCAAGACAUUGGAAGAGUGGAGGAUCCUCUUACCUUAGAUGAGAAAUGGUUUGCUCUUGAUGAUGAAGAAAAGGAAGCAGUUGAAAAGCACAGUUUUCCAUUAAGGGCAAAGAGGCUAAGAGCUCAUAGGUCUCUGGAUGGACUUUGCUGCUGA